UAAAAGGAGAGAGCGAGCGCGGACCAUUCGCAAUUCCAAGUGCAGCCGCCGGCGAAGUGAGGCGUCGAGAAGGAGGAAGAUGGUGUCUGGGUCCGGGUUGUGCACAGGGCGGGUGGUGGUCGACGCCCGCCACCACAUGCUGGGGCGGCUUGCGUCGAUCCUGGCGAAGGAGCUGCUCAACGGGCAGCGUGUCGUCGUCGUUCGCUGCGAGGAGAUCUGCCUCUCCGGCGGUCUGGUGCGCCAGAAGAUGAAGUACCUCCGCUUUCUCCGCAAGCGCAUGAACACCAAGCCAUCCCACGGUCCCAUCCACUUCCGCGCCCCAUCCAAGAUCCUUUGGCGCACCAUCCGUGGGAUGAUUCCUCACAAGACCAAGCGCGGGGCUGCAGCACUGGCAAGGCUCAAGGCAUAUGAGGGGGUGCCGCCACCAUACGACAAGACGAAGAGGAAGGUUGUUCCAGACGCCCUCAAGGUAUUGAGGCUUCGGCCUGGGCAUAGGUACUGCUUGCUUGGUCAUCUCUCAUCUGAGGUUGGAUGGAAUCACUACGACACUAUUAAGGAAUUGGAGGAGAAGAGGAAGGAAAGGGCCAAGGUGUCCUACGAGAGGCGGAAGCAGCUUCAGAAGCUCCGUGCCAAGGCGGAGAAGAAAACCGAUGAGGAGCUUGGUUCUCAGCUCGACAUCCUUUCUCCAUUGAAGUACUGAGAUGUACUGUGCAUCUUCACUUUAAGAUCUAUCCAGUCCGAUAACUAGUAGCUCUCUUUUACCAUCUUUUGCCCUUCAGUGUGCUUCCUUAACUUUGACAGUGUUGUUUUUGAAAUUUCAUUAAUAGUAUCACUGUGAUUCCUAGUC